AUGUGGGAAGUCGCUGCUGAUUUUUAUGAAAAUUUUAAAAAAAAAUCUAAUAUAGUGAAACCUCAUCCAUACACUGAUUCUCCAUCUAUUGAAUAUGACAAUAUUGAUGAACCGAUUCCUGAAGUAGCAUUUGAUGAGUUAGCAUUUACAGUGCAGGCAAAACGUAAAAAGAAAUCUUUGGAUGCUCAUGGCAUAUCUAACUUCAUGUUUUGUGAAACACGACCUGAAAGGAGUGUUGAAGUGUUUAUGGUAGAAAUUUGGACCCAACCCCCUCCCCUCCCACAGGCUGUUACAGACAGACGCUGCCACCGUCACAGAUCGCUACAGACAUCUUAAUUAACUAAUUAAUUAAUAGUUAAUUAGUUAGCAUUUAAUUAACUAAUUAACCGUCACAGACAGGCUUUGCACCCAUCACAGACCGUGACAGACAGAGUCUCGGCCCAUCAGGGUGUGGAUGUGGGUGUGGAUGGGUGUGUGGUGUGAUUUUGAGUGAAGAGAAGACUCACACCCACACCCACACCCAAACCCACCACUCAGAUCCGCCACCCAUACCCACCCCAUUUAAUUAGUAACAACAGAUCCAUCGUGUUCCACAUUUUUAAUCCGCCAAGGGAUUGCGCUAACAGCUUUUAUUUUCUUGAUCAAUGUCAUUGAUCUUUAUUUCUUAAACUAUUUAAUCACUCUUUCCAAACGGCUACUCUGUCUAAGGCAUGGAAAGAUACCAGAAUGGUUUUAUUAGCUAAAAAAGAGUCUAUCUGCUCUCCCUCAUUAACUCGUUCUAUUUCUCUUAUUGACUCUUUUCUUAAAGUUGGUGAAAGGUUAUUUCUUUCUAGAUUUCGUGAUGUUUUAUCUAGAAGAGGUUUAUUGCCCGAUAAUCAGUUGGAUUUCAUAGAUAGUCUUCGUCUCCAAACUCGUUUAUUGUUAUUUCUGGAGGAUAUAUAUAGUUUUGUGGCGAAUAGUGCCCCUGUUUGUAUCAUCUUUAUAGAUUUUCGUUCUGUUGUUGAUCAAUUAUGGCAUGAGAGUUGUGUGGGCAAGCUAAAGGGAUUAGGUAUUCCUCUGUCUUAUAUAAGAUGGAUAGAAGCUUGGUUUCUUGAUAGAGGAUGCUUUAUUGAGAUAAAUAGUAAUAAAUCCCGAUGAUUUUCAAUUGGAAAAGGUGGUCCUUAAGGUAGUGUGUUAACUCCCACUUUAUUCAUUAGUUAUUGUGAUAUGGGACAAUUUCUUUCUGCAUGUACUAGCUAUUUUUUUUGCUGACGAUGUCGCAGCUAUACUUGGGCGACAUUUAGGAGUACGAUACACAAAUUAAUGUAUUGAUCUUGAAAAAUGUAUAAAAUCUUUUCUUGAUUCACUCGAAUAUUAUUCCUGUUUAGCUGAUCAGCCCUUAAAUAGGAUUAAAACUGAAGCUAUGUUUAGUGCUCGAGCAAUAGGGUCCCUGAACUUCAACAUUACUUUUAAUAGUGGUGAUGAUAAAUGUAUUAAUUGGAAACAGGAGUACAAAUAUCUUGGUUAUAUCAUCUUAUCUAGACUUGGAUGGGAGAAGUUAUUAAAGGAUACAGAAUGUAAAGUUAGGAAGAGAAUAGCACUUAUUAAAUCGUUUGAAUUGUUUGGUUGUUCGUCUCCUAGUCUUUGUAAAGCUCUGUUCUAUUCAUAUGUCCUUCCAUUAUUCAUCUGGUUAUAUCCUGUAUAUCCGCUACUUAUUCGAAAGCAACAGGAGGACCUCUCUAGGUCUUAUUAUUCCUCCCUUCGUCGUAUUCUAUGUUGCCUCGAAUGGAAUGAAAUUUUUUUUUCAUAUAUUUUUGAUGAAAUAUCCUUGGAAGAUCGUUGUUCCUUAUAGUGGAAAAGUAUCUUAGAGCUUUAUCUAAUUCUAUUGAUGGUAAUCUAAUUUUCAAAAAAGCUAACUGUGCUGAAUUUAGGAAAAGUUAGUUAGAUAAAGAGUUCUCCAUCAUGGCGUUGAGAAGAUCAAAAAGAUUCGUCCAUUAUAAAUCAAUUUUAGAAAAACUUUUAACUUGGCUUUCAUUGGUCCCUCCCUCCAAACUCUUCUAUACCACAUUAUGAAAUGUCUGAAAUAGAGCUACUUCAACUCUUUCCUGAUUCUUUUUGUUAAAGCUGUGAUCUAUGUCUUCUUCUGUCCGUCGUAACUUUUCUUUAAAUGUUGCUCAUGUCCGGUUUGUUAUGUAUGUGUGUCCGUUCCUUUUUUCUUUUGUUUAUUUUCUACUCUGUACUCUGUAUUUAUCUUGGUUGCAGUUUUCUCAUUAUUCUUUUUUUAUUUCCUCUGCAUUUUUAAAUGUACAAUCUUUCUUCAUUUUUGUACCCCUGUGUAUCCUUUAUUUCACUUGUUUUCUCUCUAUCUCUUUUCAUCUCUGGUACUGUUAGGAUCUUAGGAUCGCAGUUAUUGCAUAAUAAAAAAAAUAUUUCUGUUGAAUUAAUAUUUAUAAAAAAAAUGAGUAAAAUAUUUUGUCAAAUCACGUUGAUACCAAAUUAUAUCUUCAAAACACAGUGGAUUUAUGAGUUUUUAUAGCCAUUUGCUGUAUAAAUGAAUUUUAGCUCUUCUUAUUUGUUCUACAUCUGUCGCAAAAUUAGAAGAAAUAGAAAAAGAAUUCUAAUUAGAGACACAGAGUGUAUAUCUAGUAGAUUCAGAAUUGAUAUGUCUGAUGAGUAUUUUAUUAGUAGUAUAAAGAACUUAUAUGAAAUCUUUGGUCUUCAAAAAUGUUAUGUUCAUCGAUAGUUUUCAAAAGAGAAAUUAAGUAUAGAAAAAAAAUAAUGAAAAACAAACUUUCAAUGUAAUCCCUUAAAAUUUAACAAUUAAGGGAGCGCUUCAAAAUAUAUUCCGGUCGGUCGGUCGUCGUUCCUUCAUUCCUUUAUUCCACCGUUCCGCUAUUCCACUAUUUCUAUAUUCCUUCCCCAUUCCAC